AUGUCUACCGAAAAGGCAGAUGCGCCCAAAGUACGCCGAAUCCUGUUCCCCGUGGACGGAAGUGAGCAUAGUAAACGUGCCGUAAAUUGGUAUCUGGACAAAUUCUGUCGCGACUCAGAUCUUGUCUUUUUUUUGCACAUUGCCGAACCCCAUGUGUCCCGACCGACACAGGACUCGAACGCCAGUGAGGUUGUCAGUGAAUUACACACCAAAAUUCGUGACUCGGAGAAAGCUGGUCAGGAGCUUGGUGAACAGUAUGUGAAUCAAGUGAAACAGCACGGAAUCGAAGGCCGGUUCUUGAUGCGCACCGGGACCAAACCGGGUGAGUUGAUUGUGUCCGUCGCCGGAGACCAGUUUGUUGAUAUGAUCAUGAUUGGGAACCGCGGUGUCGGUGCGUUGCGACGCACAUUUUUGGGCAGUGUGAGUGAUUACGUAUUGCAUCAUUCCAAUAUCCCGGUGGUUUUGGUCCCACCACUGGUUUGA